AUGGUUGCUUUGGUACCUCAAGAAAAUAUGGUUGCUUUGGUAUCUCGCACUGGCAGGCAUUUGCAGCGAUACAGUAAAGGUCGUCGCCAAGUUGUAGGAUGUAUUCCAUACAGAUAUAAAACUUCCAAGCAGACUCCCUCAAAGCAUGAUGCACCAGAACUAGAAGUUCUUGUCAUUACUUCACAAAAAGGCAAAGGAAUGCUCUUUCCAAAGGGAGGGUGGGAAAUAGAUGAAUCCAAGGAAGGGGCAGCCUCCCGAGAGACGCUAGAGGAAGCAGGAGUAAGAGGAUUCAUUGAGGGUGAACUGGGUAAAUGGAUCUUCAAGAGCAAAAGCCAUGAUGCUUACUAUGACGGUUACAUGUUCCCUUUACUUGUUCAGGAGCAGUUAGAUUUCUGGCCAGAGAAGAAUCUCAGACAAAGGAUUUGGAUGAGUGCUCAAGAAGCAAGAGAAGUUUGCCAGCAUUGGUGGAUGAAAGAAGCCUUGGAUAGGUUAGUAAAUCGUCAAACAUCUCAGCAACAAAAUCAAGACCAAGAAUUAGAUCAUGUUCUUAAAGCUAGGAGGGAAAAUCUGAUGGCAUGUAUGUAG